UCACUCUUUGGUGAAAUGGGUAGUUCAGAAGUGGAGAAAACAACAACAGGAUGGGCAGCAAGAGACCCAUCGGGGGUUCUCUCACCCUAUACCUACACUCUCAGGAAUACAGGCUCAGAAGAUGUCUUCAUCAAGAUACUCUGCUGUGGAAUUUGCCAUACUGACAUUCAUCAAGUCAAAAACGAUCUUGCCAUGUCCAAUUACCCCAUGGUUCCUGGGCAUGAAGUCGUAGGUGAGGUGGUGGAGGUAGGAUCAGAUGUGACAAAGUUCAGAGUAGGAGACUGCGUCGGAGUUGGUACCAUCGUUGGAUGUUGCAGGAACUGCCACCCAUGCAAAUCGGACGUUGAGCAAUACUGCAGCAAGAGGAUCUGGACCUAUAGCGAUGUCUAUACUGAUGGCAGACCCACCCAAGGUGGAUUUGCUGGUGCUAUGGUCGUUGAUCAUAAGUUUGUGGUGAAAAUACCAGAUGGGAUGGCGGUAGAACAGGCGGCGCCACUACUAUGCGCGGGGGUGACAGUGUACAGCCCACUGAGCCACUUUGGUCUGAAACAGAGUGGACUGAGAGGAGGCAUAUUGGGGCUUGGAGGGGUUGGACACAUGGGGGUGAAGAUAGCAAAGGCCAUGGGUCAUCAUGUGACUGUCAUAAGCUCUUCUGAGAAGAAGAGAGAGGAGGCUAUGGACCACCUGGGAGCGGACGAUUACCUGGUCAGCUCAGACACGACUCGGAUGCAAGAAGCUGCUGACUCGCUCGACUACAUCAUUGACACAGUGCCUGCGUUUCACCCUCUUGAGCCUUACCUUUCUCUGUUGAAAUUUGAUGGGAAGUUGAUUUUGUUGGGUGUUAGCAAUACCCCUCUUCAGUUUGUCACCCCAAUGGUUAUUCUUGGGAGGAAGACAAUCGCAGGGAGCUUCAUAGGGAGCAUGAAGGAGACCGAGGAAAUGCUUGAGUUCUGCAAAGAGAAGGGAGUGAGUUCCAUGAUCGAAGUGGUAAAUAUGGAUUACAUAAACACUGCUUUCCAGAGGUUGGAGAAGAACGAUGUCAGGUACAGAUUCGUCGUCCAUGUCGCCGGCGGCAACAAACUUGAUCAGUGAACUUAAAUAUUGUAAUAAUGUGAACAAGGUCCAAUUCUAUAGUGACAGAGAUGGAUAUAAUAAAUUUAAAGGAAAUUCUAAAUUAUUUGAGUGCUCUAUUUAUUUGGUACUAUUGUGCUAGAGGGGCGAGAUUGAUGUAUUAUUUUGUUUAAGUGGAGGUUGUGUUACCGAUAUUUAGUAACUUAAUACUGUUAAUGCUUUCUAUUUGUUCUGACCUUUUUUGCUUUCUAUUCUAAAUUAUUUGAGUGCUCUUAGAAGCAUUACUCCGUUGCGAAUGCUCCAUCAAAAUGUGGUCAUUUUGA